AUGGCAGAUUCCUUCAUCGAAGAUGACCCGCCCACCAACUUUGUCAUCGAUUUCAUCUUCCACAGCGAAGAUACCGACUCCAAGUUGACCGUGAUGUGCAACGGCAAACGCAUCAUCAUACGCCUCUCCGCCGACAUUGCAGGAGAGCUGUCUCCAUGUCCGGACGAGAAUGAUAUGAUUGACGAGUCCACGUUUGGCGCCCUUCUAUCUAAAGAGCUCUGUUCAUCCUGGCCAUCUUUCGACCCGGAAAUCGAGAUCUGCGAUGACGACCGUGGAGACACACCACCUUCGCCAACGCCCAACAAAGUCCAACCAGUUGGCGGAACCAUUCCCUUCUUCCUCAAGCCCAUUGGACUUGGGGACACACGCUCUGCGGAGCGGGAAAUCAAAAACUACAAAAAGAUGAGGGAUGUAGAGCUACCAAAAGAUUUGCACGUUCCCCGUCUCCAUGGUAUCGUCGAGGAUAGAACCGGCCUCGAGUUUGGACUUCUUCUCACCUACAUCGAAUGCCAGGCGGUAACCUUGAGGUGCGCUAUGCGCCGAGAAGUGGCUAUGUCCUUACGACACAAAUGGGCGGAGCAGAUCAAAUCGGCUGUUGAUGGUCUGCAUAAGGCUGGCGUUACUUGGAGUGACGUAAAACCGGACAAUGUCUGGGUCGACGUCAACGAGGAUGCGUGGGUUGUCGAUUUCGGCGGCGGUUAUACGAAAGGAUGGGUAGAUAAACAAGCUGCUGGGACUGUAGAAGGUGACAGGGACAGGCGGGAGAAAAUACUGGAAUUUAUCGGUGUUUAG